AUUAACGUUAACUUUAGGCCAUAAUGGCUAACACAGAGCACGACGAAUUAGCGUCUUUAUUGCGGGAAACGAAUGAAGCAGAGCAGUCUCUGACAGAUCAAGAAGCGAUUACAGAGACCGUAGAAGAGAACACUACAAUAGCGUCCUCUUUCGGCGAUGGUACGUUUUUAUGGGAUGAAGAUCCACUCAGUGGAUACACUCCAUCCUGUGAGGACACGAGAAUUAUGGAGGAUAAAAUCUCUCGCAUUGAGAAGCAGCUUCAAUACCUGCUGAGCAAGGCAGAUGAGUUUCAAACACAGCUGGUGUGGAGCCGAGACUGUGUCCAGGAUUAUGGGUUUGGCAAUAUCAUUCCAAUGUUUUUGGAAACCUGUCAGCCCUUCUUCUCCCUCCUGGAGUCCACAGCCAGAAACUCCAACCCUUUCUGCCCACCUCAGUCUUCAAAUAUCCGCAUGCAGCUUUUGCAGUUCUCCCAGCAACUGUGUUCCCGUCUGGAGCAGCUGGUGUUGCUGUUUGCCUCCUUCAGCUUCUGUUCACUGGAGGAAUCUGAUCCACUGAGUGUCUCACACUUCAGUAUUGGCCAGUGUCAAAUAGACAACAUGAAGGUGUCAAUUUUCCGCUACUGUUGCCCGACACCGUUUCUUGCCUCAUCCCUUACCGGCCUAUAUAAACGAAUGCGCUGGAAUGUGGAGCGAGAGAUUGAGGAAGAAGGAGAUGGAAAGACAUAUGACAGUGCAGAGUUUUACUUUCUGUGCUGUGAGGAUGUCAUUGAGGCAGCAGAUGAUCAGAAUGAAGACAGAAGCUCUGAAGGAGAAAGCACAGAAACUGACAGCGAGAGUAAAGUGUCAAGGAUCUGGUCUAUUGGCCGUUGGGUCCAGACUUACCCUGACCCAAACACAGAAGACAUCAUUGAUUGGGUGUUAUGUUCGCUCCCCUGCGGUCAGUACAAGCAGCUGUUGUGUCUGGGAAACGAAGAGCCUUCGUCCUGCACUGCCACAGACUGCCUGCUGGGGGCGCUGCUGUCUCAGGAGACGCACGGUACAUUUAGCAUCAUAAAAUGAGGCGGUUCUUAUUUACAGCUUAAGCCAUUCUGGACAGAGCAUUUGGGUUAUUAAAAUCAGAUGGGUAGCCAAGUGCAGACUUAACAUAAAUCUGAAGUGUCGAUCCAGCGUGUACCAAAGUUAGAUUUUUAAACCUCAUGGCUGUUAUUGUUAGAGUUCUUCUGCCUUGUUUGCAUGUUAAACAGCUAAGUGAAAUGUUCAUUACACAGAAAAUACUCAAGAUUUAAUUCCAAACCAGCUUUAUUUUUCAUGAAAACAUUCAAAUACAGUGGCCAUCCAGGUAAUCUGUUACAAAGUCCAGAAACGAAACCUGCUGGCAGCUUUGGUCCACUGCCUACUUUUCUCUAUAUAAAAAAAACAACAACAGAAUAAUCCUUCAUUUCAAAAUAAUAAAUUACAAAAAUAUACACAAUGAAGGUGGGAAAAGAUGUACUAAACAAAAGCAGCAGUAUCUGCACACUUGCUGGAAAACAUUAUGAUAAAGUUCAAUGUAGAGGUCAGAGCAUUAUGAACAACGUUGUUGUUUUCCUUCACUAUUCCUUUUGUAAAUCAUCCCAGUUCUGAGUUUAAAGUUAUUUUCAGUGCAUUAUUUGAUAUAUUUUUGUACUCUGCUGGUUUGUGAAGCUAUAAUAUGGCUUCCCCUGCAUGUUCUUUUUAACUGUGAUAUGUCAAGUUUGUACAACAGUAGUUCAGUCAUAAUACAGUGAAUUUUUUUUUUACCUGGAAUCCCUUUGUUCCCUGAUCAGAAUUGAAAUCGGUUUCUUUAAUAUAUCCUAAAACCUUUCAUUUAAAUAAAUGCUCCUAUCUUUACA